AUGGAUGUGACACACACAUUGAUAUCGAGCUUCGAUUUCAGUUUAUUCCAAGUCAUCCUCUUGACAUGUGUUAUGACACUUAUGGUAACGGGACAUAAGUCCUGCUCCAAAAAUGCUGGUCUAAUGAAGAGUAUCCAAUACCAACUUAAACUCGUUGAAGACAAUGAUGGAAAAUGUGAUUGUACAGAAAGAGGUUCCGAAUCAGGUAAAGUUGCGUUUAUGGCUAAAAAUUCAGCUUCUUUAGAAAAUAUCCCUGCUAAAUCUGAUGUAGUAUAUAAUACCAUUAUAACAAAUUUGGGCAAUGGAUACGAUAAGUUCACCUGGAUAUUUACCGCUCCUUCAAAUGGUGUCUACAUCUUUUCCUGGACCGUCCUUACUCAUACUGGCAAAUACUUCUUCACUUAUCUCACUCUAAACGGAAAACUGAUAGCCAGAAACUACACAGGAGCACGGAGUGUAGCAGAACACAUCUCAUCAAGUCAGAAUGUUGUUCUUGAAAUUAAAAAGGACGAUAAAGUAUUCGUUAAGGUCCAAGAUGGAUAUACUGGACAGUUCAUGUUUGGUGAUAGCUGGUCAAGUUUCAGCGGUUAUAAACUAUAAAAGCUAUAUAACAUAAAAACAAAAUUGUCAGAUGUUUAUUAAAAAUCUUUUGAUU